UUUUAAAAAACUAACAAAAAACAUUAAAAAUUAAUAACAAUAACUAUAAAUUUUAAUGUAUCACAUAUCUAUUAACAAACAGUAUUAAAUGAUUGAUUAUAACGAUAAUAAAAAUGACUCAAAUGUUAGUGCCAGUGUUAAUUUGUUUGUUUGUGAUGGAUAUAUCAUUUGGACAGGAUCUUGAGGGUGGUAUAGGUCCUCCGGAAUUAUUAACAGUGCAUAAUGCUACAGAAACUAAAAUGAAACUGUCUUGGAGGAGCCCUAGAAAAUCUGUACCUAUAACGGGUUAUACUGUGACAGCCAGUGCUUUGAAAUCAAACUCAGAGUAUCCUCUGGAACCGAUCUCCUGGACAUACUCCAACAAAACAUUUACCACCGAGCUUCUAAAUCUGCACCCCGGUACAAUCUAUAACAUAAGUGUAAGAGCUGAUUUUCACCAAAUGGAAGGUGAAUCAACAUACACACAAGCUGAAACUUUAAUUGGAGAGCCUGAACCAUCUCCUCUACCUCCGACUGUAAUAUCAAACCUGAACAAUCAAAUUGUGAUUAAAAUUCAUCCUGCUGUUAAUUAUAAUGGACCUGUAUCGGCUUACAGAGUUAUUGUCAGUGAUGAGAGUCAAAUGAUCGGUUUUGAUGCCGAGCUUUUGCAACCGUAUAAGGCUGCUAAAAUUGAUGAUCUUAGUUAUUAUAUUGCUGCAGAAUUAAAACCACAUGAUAUUAAUAAAGACUUCAUUGUUGGAGACGGUAGUACUUACAAUGGAUAUUAUAAUGCUCCUUUAGAUAAAUCUGAUACGUCCGAUUAUAGAAUCUCUGUGGGCUUAGUUAGUACUUACAAAGGUGUUACUAGGAUUAGAUAUAGUAGUACACCUCAUGCCAAAAUUAUUUUUAAUAUACCAGAAGCAGAUAAUGACAAACAAUCUCUAAUAAUGGGCCUAACAGCCGCAAUAGUAGUUUUUGGAAUACUCCUAGUUCUUUCUGUGUUAUUAUAUAUUGUUUUAAGACGUAGACUGCCUCAAAGAAGACGACGUGAUCAGCAGGAGUUGGCACUCAGAGGACCGAUUGUCGAAGUGGAAAACAAUGGUUACAUCCCCGAAGACGAACCAGAUUCCCCAAUAGAUCACCAUUCUCGUUUAAGAAACCAAGUAUGGAACAUUCCCAGAAAUUUCUUAAACUACAACCAAUCAUCAGUUAUCGGUUAUGGUCGUUUUGGAAAUGUGGUCAGUGGAUCCCUCAGACGAGACGGUGAAGAAGUCAAUGUUGCUGUUCAGUGCAUAGAUGUUUUUAAUCCAUCCUUUAUCCCAGAUGGAGAACUCGAUCAGUCUAACAAAAGAUCAAUGCUAAGAGAUCUGGAUCUUUUAAUCCGUCUCGGAUCUCAUACCAACAUUGAUAGUUUGAUAGGAAUUUGUGAGACUCCAGAUCACUUGGCAGUAGUCCUUUAUCAUCAUCUUUUGACUCUGAAAGAUGCUCUGCUGCUUUCGAGGAACAAAAAUACCAAAAACCAAACCUUCUGCAAUUAUAAGGAGUCGCAGGUUCUGCAAUUUGCGGUGGACGUUGCUUGGGGGAUGGAAUAUUUGACCAGCAAAUCGAUUUAUCACAAGCAAUUAUGUUGUCGGAACAUCAAGCUCUCUGGUAAUGGUGUCGCCAAAGUUUCGGGUUUUGGUUUGGCCGAUUGUAGGGCUAACCAGAAUUCUAAACCUGAUUAUAGAAGAUGGACUGCCCAGGAGGUCUUGAGGUCUCAACGAUAUUCGGAAAAGAGUGAUAUUUGGUCUUUUGGAUGUGUUCUUUGGGAAUGCUGCGCUUUGGGGGGCACACCCUAUGCAAAUAUAGAAAGUGCAGACAUAGUAAACAAAGUCUCAAGAGGCCUACGACCCCCUCAACUUGUAUAUAUGAACGACGAGCUUUACCAGCACGCCUUAAAUUGCUGGCAAUUAGACCCAGACGAAAGGCCAACAUUCUCCCAAAUCGCCCAAGAAUUGGAAUCCCUUCUUAUAAUUCCACAUUUCAGUUUCAUGCUGUACGAAGGAUUCGAAUACGAGCCAUAUUUGUCCGAAUUGGAAGCAGUAAAAGAUUGAUGGUAGUAA